CAAAACACCAUUUUGGCAAACCUCCCCCUCCCUCCAGAUUCUUCAUUUCCCGCUGACACCUCUCCACUACUCUCAGUAACUUCUCCGGCGCCGCCGUGGAAAGCAUAGUUCUAGAAGCGAUUGGGUUCAGCUCCACAUCUCAGUUUUCUUUCUAAUGGCGAUUGACAGGAUUCUUAAAGAUGAAGCUACGGAAGAAAAGGGAGAGCGAGCUAGAAUGGCAUCCUUUGUGGGGGCUAUGGCAAUUGCCGACUUGGUUAAGACAACAUUAGGACCUAAGGGAAUGGAUAAAAUUUUACAAUCAACCGGCAGAGGUCAUAGUGUUACAGUUACAAAUGAUGGCGCCACAAUUUUGAAGUCCCUCCAUAUUGACAAUCCUGCUGCCAAGGUCCUGGUUGACAUCUCUAAAGUACAAGAUGAUGAAGUUGGUGAUGGGACAACGUCUGUAGUUGUUUUGGCUGGAGAACUUUUAAGGGAGGCAGAGAAGCUGGUUAAUUCGAAAAUUCAUCCAAUGACAAUUAUUUCAGGUUAUCGUAUGGCAGCUGAAUGUGCAUGCAAUGUGUUGCUGCAGAAGGUUGUUGAUAAUAAACAGGAUGCAGAGAAGUUUAGGUCGGACUUGAUGAAUAUUGCGAUGACUACUUUGAGCUCGAAAAUCUUGUCUCAGGACAAGGAGCAUUUUGCGAAACUGUCUGUUGAUGCAGUUAUGAGGUUAAAGGGCAGCACCAAUCUAGAGGCAAUCCAAAUUAUUAAGAAGCCUGGAGGUUCCUUGAAGGAUUCAUUUUUAGAUGAAGGGUUCAUUUUGGAUAAAAAGAUUGGGGUUGGCCAACCGAAACGUAUUGAGAAUGCUAAGAUCUUGGUGUCCAACACUGCAAUGGAUACUGAUAAAGUUAAAAUCUAUGGAGCACGUGUCCGAGUUGACUCAAUGGCCAAGGUUGCUGAGCUAGAAGCUGCUGAAAAAGAUAAAAUGAGGGAGAAGGUGCAAAAGAUCAUCUCUCAUGGAAUAAACUGCUUUGUUAACAGACAGCUGAUUUACAAUUUCCCAGAGGAACUAUUUGCCGAUGCAGGGAUACUUGCAAUCGAGCAUGCUGAUUUUGAUGGUAUUGAGCACCUGGCUUUAGUUACUGGUGGAGAGAUUGCAUCUACCUUUGAUAACCCAGAGUCUGUCAAGCUUGGCCACUGCAAACUCAUUGAAGAAAUAAUGAUUGGUGAGGACAAGUUGAUCCACUUUUCUGGGGUCGAAAUGGGUCAGGCGUGUACAAUUGUCUUGAGAGGUGCAAGCCCUCAUGUACUGGAUGAAGCUGAAAGGUCUCUGCAUGAUGCCUUGUGUGUACUGUCUCAGACAGUAAAUGACAGCAGAGUUCUACUUGGAGGUGGAUGGCCAGAGAUGGUGAUGGCGAAGGCAGUGGAUGAACUGGCUAAAAAGACACCUGGUAAAAGAUCUCACGCAAUUGAGGCUUUUUCCCGGGCACUUUCGGCAAUUCCGACCAUCAUUGCUGACAAUGCUGGUCUGGACAGUGCUGAGCUGGUCGCUCAGCUUCGUGCAGAGCAUCACAAGGAGGAAAGCAAUGCAGGGAUAGAUGUCAUCACUGGACAUGUUGGAGAUAUGGCAGAGUUAGGAAUUUCAGAGGCAUUCAAAGUCAAACAGGCUGUGUUGCUCUCUGCAAUCGAGGCUGCUGAGAUGAUCCUACGAGUUGAUGAAAUCAUCACAUGUGCCCCACGGAGGAGGGAAGGAAUGUAAGAUGUGGUUAAUCUGUUGAGAUGUUUGUAUUCGGUCUUGUGGUUAAGAUUUUAGGUAUAACUGUAGAUUAGAGUACAAACUAUCGAAUGUUGUUCGCUUUCAUGCCAGUGUAAACACUGCUUGGGAAGUUUUGAAGAAACGUUACUGUUAAGUUUAUGUUUUUGUUAAGUUUUGAUAGGUUUGAUCUAGACUUGCCUAUAACCGAAUAUGUUGUGCACCGGAUAGCUUUUAUGCAGCUGCUUCUGUGGUAGUCUACAGACAUUGUGUCAGCAGAGGCGAAGUUGAAAUGUAAUUGUUUUCAAGACUCUUGAGCGUGUUAAAAGGUUUAAUGAGAAUUGUAUUUUACGUGUC